AUGGGAGAUCACCCUGUAUUAAAUCAUCUGAAUAUGAUGAUCGAUGACUCUUGGCCUCACGAGUACGUGUACAACCUGAAUCCAUGGAUUACCUUCAACAAUACUACAAACCCUAAAUACAUGGUGUUCGUCAAAUCCCGAACCGAGGCUAGUGGUAGAACCGAUGACGGAUGCGGAGCGGGUUGCUGGAGAAUCAUAGGUCGUGAUAAGCUGAUCAAGUCUGAAGAGACCGGGAAGAUUCUAGGGUUCAAGAGGAUUCUUAAGUUCUGUGACAAGGAGAUGAACCGAUCAGAUAAGAGGAUUUGGGUAAUGGAAGAGUUUAGGCUCUUCGAUAAACGUAAGCAAGAUCAAGUGAUAGGCCUGAUUCAGCUUCUGCUCCCACCUGCGGUUAGUGCCUUGCUAGCCAAGCAUUUCUCGUUUCUCCCCAAGUAG